UAAAAGCACAAGCACAUCUGUCCCGAAAACACACAAGCACUGGUAGUCCUCAUUUGGUCAAACCCUAGUAAAAAGACCGGCCGGCCAUUUCCUCCGUCAUUCAUUUCUGAACCCAAAAAUGGCUUCCCGGAGGCUAGCAACCUCCCUCUUACGAUCCACCGUCCGAUCGCCCUCCCGAUCCUCACACACCCUCCCUUCCCGCCGUACACCUCCCCGCACCCGAUCCCACUCUCCAUCACCAGCGACCUACUUUCUCAACCGUACUCUCAACAACCACUUUUCGACCUCAUCCGCAUCCGUCUCACCGCCACCUGUCUCCAAAUCUCACGACGGAAAGAUCACCGAUGAGUUCACCGGCGCCGGAUCCAUCGGACAAGUAUGCCAGGUCAUCGGUGCUGUCGUUGAUGUCAGAUUUAGUGAAGGGUUGCCUCCGAUAUUGACGGCUCUUGAAGUGUUGGAUAAUAGUAUAAGGCUUGUUUUAGAAGUGGCACAACAUUUGGGAGAGAAUAUGGUGAGGACAAUUGCUAUGGAUGGUACGGAAGGCCUUGUUAGAGGUCAAAAAGUCCUCAAUACUGGCUCUCCCAUCACUGUACCUGUAGGAAGAGCUACGCUAGGAAGAAUUAUUAAUGUUAUUGGAGAGCCUAUUGAUCAUAGAGGCGAUAUUAAAACUGAUCAUUAUUUGCCUAUUCAUAGAGAAGCGCCAGCUUUUGUUGAGCAGGCAACUGAACAACAGAUUCUUGUUACUGGAAUCAAGGUUGUUGAUCUCCUUGCACCUUAUCAAAGAGGAGGAAAAAUUGGUCUUUUUGGUGGUGCCGGUGUAGGAAAAACUGUGCUUAUCAUGGAACUUAUUAACAAUGUUGCCAAAGCCCAUGGUGGUUUCUCUGUCUUUGCCGGUGUUGGAGAACGUACCCGUGAGGGUAAUGAUUUAUACAGAGAAAUGAUGGAAAGUGGUGUUAUUAAGCUAGGUGAUAAGCAGAGUGAGAGCAAGUGUGCUCUAGUCUAUGGACAAAUGAAUGAACCCCCAGGUGCUCGUGCCCGUGUUGGACUCACUGGAUUGACUGUCGCUGAACACUUUAGAGAUGCUGAAGGACAAGAUGUGCUCCUUUUUAUUGACAACAUUUUCCGUUUUACCCAGGCCAACUCUGAGGUCUCUGCUUUGCUUGGUCGUAUCCCAUCUGCUGUCGGUUAUCAACCAACAUUGGCUACAGAUCUUGGAGGCCUUCAGGAGCGUAUCACUACCACCAAGAAAGGUUCCAUUACAUCUGUACAAGCUAUUUAUGUGCCUGCUGAUGAUUUGACUGAUCCAGCUCCUGCCACAACCUUUGCUCAUUUGGAUGCUACAACUGUGUUAUCCCGACAGAUCUCUGAGCUCGGCAUUUAUCCUGCUGUGGAUCCUCUUGACUCCACGUCUCGCAUGCUCUCUCCCCACAUUUUGGGAGAAGACCACUACAACACAGCUCGUGGAGUACAGAAAGUUCUCCAGAACUACAAAAAUCUCCAAGAUAUCAUUGCUAUUCUUGGAAUGGAUGAGCUUAGUGAAGAUGACAAGUUGACUGUUGCCCGUGCUCGCAAAAUUCAAAGAUUUUUGAGUCAACCUUUCCAUGUUGCAGAGGUUUUCACUGGUGCCCCAGGGAAAUAUGUGGAGUUGAAAGAAAGCAUUGGUAGCUUCCAGGGAGUGUUGGAUGGAAAGUAUGAUGAUUUAUCUGAACAGUCAUUUUAUAUGGUUGGAGGAAUCGAUGAAGUUAUUGCUAAGGCUGAGAAGAUUGCCAAGGAAUCAGCUGCCUAGACAAUCCAAUCACAUUCUUUGCCUUCUCGAAUGUCGGUGCUUUUAACUUUAUUUUUGGAUAUUUACGGGAGUUGUCAUGUAUCAUGUUUCUAUAGAGAUGUGGAGACAAGGUUGAAGUUGAACUACCAACAAAUCAAACCCUUUCUCCCCCUUGUGCUUUUAUCUUCAGAAGAAUAAUAAAGGGAUAAAUGUUUCACUUGGAAUGUAAUUCUGUAUAUUUUGUUGCUAAUGUUAUUCCUCAAGAUUUUUGGAA